AGGUGCUCAGAAGAAAGAAGCAAACCAAAAGGACAACUGAGGUGAGGAGAGGCCAUGGGAUAUCCACCAACCAGAUAGUCACCGCUGGAAUAUUUGGGAAGUGUCUAAACGUAGGCUGCAGCAGUCCUGAAGGUUGAUGGAGGGCCAUGCUAUUCAAACAGCAGGCGUGGCUGAGACAGAAGCUCCUAGUCCUGGGAAGCCUUGCUGUUGGGAGUCUCCUGUAUCUAGUCGCCAGAGUUGGGAGCUUGGAUAGGCUACAACCUAUUUGCCCCAUUGAAGGCCGUUUUGGAGGAGCCCGCGGUCAGGCUGAAUUCCCACUCCGUGCUCUGCAGUUCAAACGUGGCCUGCUGCACGAGUUCCGGAAAGGCAACACUUCCAAGGAGCAGGUUCGCCUUCAUGACCUGGUGCAGCAGCUCCCUAAGGCCAUUAUCAUUGGUGUGAGAAAAGGAGGCACAAGGGCCUUGCUCGAAAUGCUGAACCUCCAUCCAGCAGUGGUCAAAGCCUCUCAAGAAAUCCACUUUUUUGACAAUGAUGAGAAUUAUGCCAAGGGCAUUGAGUGGUACAGGAAAAAGAUGCCUUUCUCCUACCCUCAACAAAUCACAAUCGAAAAGAGCCCAGCAUAUUUUAUCACGGAGGAGGUUCCAGAAAGGAUUUACAAAAUGAACUCAUCCAUCAAGUUGUUGAUCAUUGUCAGGGAGCCAACCACAAGAGCUAUUUCCGAUUAUACUCAGGUGCUAGAGGGGAAGGAGAGGAAGAACAAAACUUAUUAUAAGUUUGAGAAGCUGGCCAUAGACCCUAAUACCUGUGAAGUCAACACAAAAUACAAGGCAGUAAGAACCAGCAUCUACACCAAACAUCUGGAGAGGUGGUUGAAAUACUUUCCAAUCGAGCAAUUUCACAUUGUUGACGGGGAUCGCCUCAUCACAGAACCGCUGCCAGAACUUCAGCUCGUGGAGAAGUUCCUGAAUCUUCCCCCAAGGAUAAGUCAAUACAAUUUAUAUUUCAAUGCUACCAGAGGGUUUUACUGCUUGCGAUUUAAUAUUAUCUUUAACAAGUGCCUGGCGGGCAGCAAGGGACGCAUUCAUCCGGAGGUGGACUCCUCUGUUAUUACCAAAUUGCGCAAAUUCUUUCACCCUUUCAAUCAAAAAUUUUAUCAGAUCACCGGGAGGACAUUGAACUGGCCCUAAGAUAACAUGUCAUGCAACACUAUGUGUUGUGCCUCGAGACACAUGGUGUCUCUUCUAGUUUAAAGAUAUGCACUUUCCCUAAAUGCAGAGAUUCAAGGCAUUUUUCAAUGUAUACUUGUACAUAUGCAGUGUGUGACCAAAUAUCAGAUCAGUUCUUUUUCUACUGAGAAUUUACAAAAGAAAUACUGUCUGCAUAGAUGAAUCUUGUAAGCUAUUUACAGAAAAAGAAGAGGAGGUGGUGGUUUGGGGAAAAAGCAUCUGCAGCUAUUCUCAAAGAGUUAGUCUUCCUUUGAUUCAGAAUGUGUUACCCGCCAUUUUUGUAGAUUUAAACCAAAAGAAAAAUGUGCGAAAUAUACCAAUGGCUGUGAAGAUUCAGGAAGUCAAGGAUUCAGUUAUGCAUUUUUUUUUCCUAAGGGAAAGUUGGCUCUUUAAUUCACAUGCUGAAUUGGUGCCAUGAAAAACAAAACAAAACAAAAUAACAAAAAGUGCUAUUUUCUUAUUAUUUAAAAGAAUGUCUUAUCUCAUAAAAUUGACGUUGUCCCAAAGUUCCUGUGGUGACUUUGCACUAUUAUUUUCUCGUAUUGGCCAUGGUGUCCCUUGUAGCAUGUCAAUCACAUGUUGAAAGUCAAGACCUUCUACUUCCAUGUUGUAUGUCCACAAAGAAAAUGUGUCAUGUACAUAAUGUAUAUUGUUGUAAAUACUGGUUUCACACUAAGUAAUUCUAUUUUGUAAACUGAAUAUGACUUUAAUUUAUUGUGAAAAUUAAAUUUAUUGUGGUAUUUAAAAUGGAAUGGAUUAAAAUUACUCUAUGUGCAACCUUUUUUUUUUUAACUUAUUUUGUUUUAUGUGCCUCAUGCUGGCUUCCAAAAAGGAAUUGGUUUGUGUGCAUAAGCGAGUACAUAAGAGAAAGACGCACUUCUCUGUGGAGUUUCUGCUCCCUUACAAAAAUGUAUUUAUAAAACGGGGCUGUGUAUAUUGAAUAAAAACCUCCAAUCAUUUGGAAAUCAGGUAUAAUAGCCACCACAAAGAACUCUAGUGUUGCUCUGCUGUGACUUUGUGAUGUUAUUUACUAAGUUGCUGCUGUGCCAGGGUCAGACAAGGAACACUUUGGCAGCAACAAGACACAGAAGUUAACAGUUUUCUUUGGACCUCUAGUAAAAGGCCAAUAGAAAAGUUAAAUAAAAUAAGAUUAGAAAGUUUGUGUGGCUUCUGGAAAGCUAAAAGCUGUCAAUGCUUCAAAAAUUAACACAAGCUCUCGGAACUCUCCUUUAGAUAAAAAUGUAAAAGUUGGCUCACAAACGAUCAAAUUUCAGAGUGUUGCCAUUACUAAGAUAAACAAAUCAUUCAUGUUUCCAUGCAAAGAAAAUAAUUCUAAGUUGGAUACCUCACUAGCCUUGGGUGUACUAUGUUAUGCUUAAAUAUCAUUGGAAAAAUGUGGAAAGAGAUAUCAAAAACAAGAACAAAGCCAAAUGAAUUUUGUACAAUCAAAACUGUUUAUCCAGUGGAAGAUAUCUGAGAGUUUUGUUCCACUUCCCACUGAGAGUGCCUAGAGAAAUCAGUAAAUUACAGUGGAUUCCCCUGAUUGAAAUAAGUGUUGAUUUUCUCUAUGAUUUGCUUAUCCUGUCCAGUGAUUUGAUGAUGAACUUUUUAAAAUAAAUAGUCUUUUUCCCCUCC